AUGGGUAGAACUAUCAGGGUAGCAGCUGUGCAAGCAGAACCUGUAUGGAACAAUUUGCAAGGCGCAGUGGGGAAAACGAUCUCGAUUAUCCAGUGUGCUGCGAAUGAAGGAGCCAACGUUAUCGGCUUCCCAGAGGUAUGGAUCCCCGGGUUUCCAUGGAGUAUAUGGUCUCGUGGUGCUGUGGAAAACACUCCAUAUAUGAAUGAGUACUUCAAAAAUUCGCUGGAGAGGGAAUCGCCAGAGAUGGAUCAAAUUCGGUCUGCAGUAAAGGAUGCUGGGAUGUUCUGCGUUCUGGGGUAUUCAGAGCGUUAUAGGGGCAGCCUCUACAUGGCUCAGUCCUUCAUUGAUGAGAAUGGCGAUAUUGUUCAUCACCGUCGGAAGAUGAAACCCACCCAUAUCGAGCGCGGCUACUGGGGCGAUGGUCAAGGAGCGUCGAUACAACCUGUAGCGAAGACGUCUUUUGGAAACAUUGGAGCCCUCAACUGUUGGGAACACCUCCAGCCCCUACUUAAAUAUUUCGAAUAUUCUCAAGAUGUCGAGAUACACAUUGCCAGCUGGCCUCCAAUAUGGGAUAUAAAGGAAGGGAUCGAGUGGGCGGACCAUAUGACAGCAGAAAUGAGUACAAAGAUUUGUCAAACUAUGGCCGUCGAGGGUACUUGCUUUGUGUUGGUUUGUACGCAGGUGAUGAGCGAGGAAAGCAGAAAGAUUAACAAUUUGGAGGACUUCAAGUUUGCUCAAUGUCCGGGCGGUGGGUUCAGCAUGAUAUUCGACGCCUUUGGGAAGCCUCUAGUGAAGGCACUUCCACCUGGGGAGGAAGGCAUACUCUACGCCGAUGUUGAUUUAGACCUAAAGAGACAGGCUCAGCAGAGUUUAGAUGUUAUCGGCCAUUACUCAAGGCCGGACCUACUGAGUCUGAAUGUGACAGCUACAGAAGCUGAGCCGAUAGUUUUGUUAAAGGAAAACGAGCCCAGGCAUUGA